AUGAACUCGUAUAUCAGGAAGGCUAAGGGAAAUGCUUCUAAUCAUGCCCAGAGAAAGAAAGAAGUUCUGAAAAAAGCACGCUCCAGCAUCGUGGGGUAAGACUCCAACCCCAUGGAAAGAAGCCAAGCAGAAGCCCAGAAGGCCAGACUCCUCUACCGGGAUGUUUGCUUGGCAGCUCAGCGUCUCGACUUUUUCCUUCGAAAGGGAAAUGCCCACAAAGAGGUUUUCAAGCCUCAUGUCCUGGCCCUCAGGGCUACAGUUCGGCAAGUCUGCAUUAAACUCAUGUUUCUAUACCCGGUGGAUUAUGGGAGGAAGGCAGAGGAACUGUUGUGGAGGAAAAUGUAUGCAGAUGUCGCUCUGGUGCUGCUGAAGACCAAGAGAAAACACCUGGGCACCUCCCAACCUUGGGAAGGCCCCUUACGUGCUCAUCUGAACAGUGGCCUCACGUUCUAUGAGCAUCUCUUUCUGUUCCUUCAAAAUCAUUAUGGAUUGAGGUUACAUAGCUGUAUCGACUGGCCUCACAGAGCCAUCCAUUUGAUUGGUUGCAAGAAACUAAGUGCCCCGUCGGAGGAAGAGGCCUCGUGGGCGCGUAUGGCCUGUCAUCGCUGCCUGCUCUACCUGGGCGACUUGUUCCGCUAUCAGAAUGAGUUCCUAGCUCUGGCCACCACAGACUUGGCAGAAAAGUGUUAUUAUAGAGCCCUGUCAGUGGCCCCUCACAUGGGAAUGCCCUUCAACCAGCUGGGGGCUCUGGUAGGGAGUAAGUACUACGAUGUGGAAGCCACAUACUUCUACCAGCGUUGCCUCCACUCAGAAGUGCCUUUCAAAGGGGCAGCAUGGAACCUCAAAAGACUCUAUGACCAGGCAAGAAAAAGAUAUAGUCGUCUGAAGAGGAACCAGGGGCACAAGCUGUCUCCACAUGAGAGGCAGUGUUGGGAUAACAAAAGGCUGCUGGUUAGUUUCCUCUACCUUCAGAGCCUCUUGCAGCCUCAGCGGAAAUUCAGAGCCACCAGUUUGAUGGCCCUGUGUCAGCUGGUUCUGGAUGACUUCCGUCUCUGUCUUUUCUACCGACCGUGCUCAUCUGACGUGAACCAGGCCUCCACCAAGCGAAAGCCCUCAAGAGGCUACUUAUUUCUCUCUGACCUCCUUAUCUUCCACAUGGUGGUUCUUUGCCUCAUGAGUAUACACAGUCUGAGGAAAACUGGCUCAAAGCGGCAUCGGCCAGCUGUUUUCUUCACCUUGACGCUUUUCUCGCAUGUAAUUCAACAUGUCAACACCCGAAUCCAGGCUGAGCUUCAGAAAGGAAGUCUGAGUGACACGAGACAGGAACAAGAGACUGGGCUGGGGCCACAGGUCACCCCAAGCUCCUGUGCUGGGGUCCUCCUCAGCAAAUCUCAGUCCUCUGAUUCCUGUGAGGGUUACGCCUCAGAGGUCGGCUUUGGUAGCUGCUGUGACUCAGAUGAUGGUGAAGACAGGUCUGUUAGCGCCCAUGCCCCCUCAGAAACUAGCAGUGAGACUUCUUACUCAGACACAAUCAAUGAGGAAGAGAGUGGAACCCUGAAUCUGGAAGCAGUGCAAAAAAGUAGGGCCAAAUCCCAAAGCAGAGGCACCCAGCCCCAGGGUCAGUCAAAGGCAUGCAGGACUCCAUCUCAUCUCCUCGAGUUCUUGAAAACAACUCUCUUUGCUAACCUGCCAGCCCCGCUGAGCCAGAAGCUCCCAGGAAAACAUGGCUUGCCCUCGGCUCCUGCCUUCAGAGGAGGCUUCCAGACACUUCUGUCAGAACCGAGCCCUACUCUGUGUGAUGCCUCAGGCCGAGAGAACACUGCUUAUAAUCUCCCUGAGGCAGAGUCUUCUCCCGCAUCCUCUCUGUGGCAGGAUGCCAUCACCCCUCAGCCCUGCCUCUCCCCACAGCCCCUGCAACAGAAACUGCAGAUCCUCUCUGCAGAGGGGCUGCUGCCCACCAUCAACGUCAUGCUAAGUUGGCUUCGUACCAAUCACAACCUCCUCAGCUCAUGCUGGCAGGGCCCACUCAGCCUGUGGGAUCACCUCUCCGUGCUGCUGAACCUGCUCCCUUCAGCGCAAGACCUUCAGGCACCAGGCCUGGGCCUGUCACCCCAUCUUCGGGAUCUUCUGCAGACCUGUCAGGGCCCCAUGGUGCCCAGACUCCCACAGCUUCCUGAGGACCUGGCCUGGUGCCAACCCCCACUGGUGCCUUUCUCCCGGGAGAGGGCAACCAUAGAGCGGGACCAGCUGCCUCUCAGUCCACAGGAUGAAGCUGCUGUGCGCAUCUGUUUCCUCAGGAGCUUUGGCCACUUCGCUGCUACCCUCCCUGGAGGGUUCCUGAGGUUUGACUUGAAGUCAGGGGUCUUCAUGAGCACUGCACCCCAUGGGGUAGAAAGCUGCUCUCAGAACUUUCUAGAGCGAAUGCCAAGGGUCAGGUUUUCCAAAGACAUGGUUCAGCUAUGGCUGCAACGGGAAGUGGUCCAUCUGGAAAAGACCCUCUGGGGACUCCAGAUCCAGUCAGCCUUGACGCCCUACUUGUUCCCUGACCCCAGGGCGCUCUGCAAGCAUCUUCCUCAAGUCCAGCACUUGGCCACCAGUGGGAAGUUUUUCCUGAUCAUUCCCAAGAUUGUGGUUGACAUACUGUACGUCCUGAAGAAGGAAGAUCCCAGAGCCCUGGCAGCCAUCACUUUCUUAGAGGAUGAACUGAAGAAGGGAAAUCCAUCCAUUCUGUGCCAGUCCUUUGUGGCCAAGAGGUUUGUGAGACCCAGGAUGACCAUCUCAGACUCGGAUGCCUGGGACCUCUAUAACGUUCUUGAUUUCUGCAAAGGUCUAUUGAACUCAUCCAGGCUGGAGACUCAGAUGCCCAGUAGUUUGGUCACCAUCAUCACUGGUAUCUGUUUGGACAACCCGAGGAAUUUCUCCUAUCCCCUGCAGUUGGCACUGGGAACAGCCGCUGAAGCUGGCAUAGAAAUCAAGAAUGUGCGGCACUUUCACAGGGAAUGGACUGCAGUCAGCUGACACGGUCACACCUCUCUUCUUCUGCCUCC